GUUAAAGUACUCGCUUCCCUCGGCUUUCUUCCUCGCCCCGAUUCCUUCGUUGUCUUCUCUCCAAACCCUAAUCGAUCGAUAUUACUCCUCACACACAAGGCUACGUUUCGCCCAUUCUUUGUAGAUCUGUUGAUCCACGAAGGUAAUCCGUCCCUUCUUGUCGAUUCCCCUCUUGCCAAUUCAUUUCUCGACUUUUUUCUGCUUUUAUUUUUUGAUCGGAUUCACCUCAAAUUACCGCCAUGGUGGUCGGCGACGACGAAUCCUCCCACGAAGUGGAACAAGACCCUAACCCAGUUGCGCAGCCAGCUUCCGAUGCCUCUCUAGCGGCGGCGGAUGCGGCUGUUUCCGUAGAGGGCGAUGGGGAGAUCCAGUCCCUCGCUCGUAGGAUCCAAGAGGCACUCUCCGUCGGGAAGCGGCACCGUUUCUGGGAGACCCAACCGGUGGGCCAAUUCAAGGACGCCGGCCGCGGCGGGCUCCCAGAGGGCCCCAUCGAGCCGCCGACCGCCCUGUCCGCCGUCAGGCCGGAGCCGUACAACCUCCCCGCCCUCUACGAGUGGACCACCUGCGACAUGGACGAUGAACAGACCUGCGCCGAGGUAUACAAUCUUCUCACCAACAACUACGUCGAGGAUGAUGAGAACAUGUUCCGCUUCAACUACUCCAAGGAGUUCCUCCAGUGGGCGCUUCGCCCGCCGGGUUACUUCAAGGCAUGGCACAUUGGCGUUCGGGUGAAGGCCACGAAGAAGCUGGUUGCCUUCAUUACCGGCGUGCCCGGGAGGAUCCGGGUGAGGGAGGACGUCAUACGGAUGGCCGAGGUCAACUUCCUGUGCGUCCACAAGAAGCUGCGGUCGAAGCGGCUCGCCCCCGUGAUGAUCAAGGAGGUCACCAGGCGGGUUCAUUUGGAGAACAUAUGGCAGGCGGCCUACACGGCCGGAGUCAUCCUGCCGACUCCCGUCACGACCUGCCGUUACUGGCAUCGUUCUCUGAAUCCCAAGAAGCUGAUUGACGUCGGGUUCUCCCGGCUCGGAGCUCGGAUGACUAUGAGCCGAACGAUCAGGCUCUACAAGCUUCCAGAAGCAACUGCGACCCCUGGGUUUAGGAAAAUGGAGCUUCGUGAUGUUCCGGCAGUCACCCGGUUGCUAAGAGAGCAUUUGAGCCUGUUCGUAGUUGCACCGGAUUUUGAUGAGAAUGAUGUGGAGCAUUGGGUUCUUCCUCUGGAGAAUGUGGUGGACAGUUAUGUGGUCGAGAGCCCUGAGACUCAUGAAGUGACAGACUUCUGUAGCUUCUACACUCUUCCUUCUUCAAUUCUGAAUAACCAGAAUUAUUCGGUGUUGAAGGCUGCUUAUUCUUUCUAUAAUGUGGCUGCAAAGACUCCUCUGCUCCACCUGAUGAACGAUGCACUUAUUGUGGCGAAGCAGAAGGACUAUGAUGUCUUCAACGCCCUUGAUGUCAUGCACAAUGAUACUUUCCUGAAGGAGCUGAAGUUUGGGCCUGGUGAUGGGCAACUCCAUUACUAUCUUUACAACUAUCGACUCAGGAAUGAUUUAAAACCAGCAGAGCUAGGACUCGUUCUUUUGUAGGUUGUUGUGGCUAUCUUGGAGAACUGGCAGGACACAUUCUAAGCUAUAGCAACUACUAAUAUAUGUGACAGAUUUCAUCUCCUUUGAGUCAUCUUAUUCAAUAAACUACAAAAAUCUGUAUGUGCGUAUCAUUGAGCAGAUCUUUAUUCCAUGAAUGCAGUCAAUGCACCAUCACAUGGGAAACCCGAGUUCCAGCACAAUGGGUAAAAUGCAUUUUGAAGAUAUUUCAUCUUCUUGGAAUACAUAUUCUGUAAUUUAUUACUUCAGAAAAAACAGAAACCACUAGAACUUUGACAAGUCAUUCUUAUAAACUUUUGGUUUUAUACGAAGAAUAGUUUUAUCA